AUGUCGCUGACCGUCGUCCGCGCGACGCUCAACAACGACACGCCAAUCUCAGGGGUUGAGCUGUCACCGUACGUCGUGACGCGCAAGGGGGACGGCACGUCGACCACCGCCGACAUCCCGGAGUCGGAUCCCGCGGACGGCGCCUACCUGCGGUACAGGUGGUACCGCAGCGGAUCGCACAGGAAGGCUUCGGUGUGCAGCGUCCACCCCGGCGAACCCGCGGUGCUUCAGAACGUCCACAGCAAGACGUACCACUGCGACGAGGAGUGCUUCACGCAGUCGUGGAGGGAGUGGAUGCGCGACCGCAUAGCCCAAGGUUUGGACCAGGAGCAGCGCAACCCGCUGUGGAGGCCGCCCCACCUGAAGGACCAGGCGAACCACUCAUCCCCGCACGGCUCGAGUCACAACCUCAACGCCGCCGACGGCCAUCACAAGCAGCACAGGCCCCCGCGGCACGUCGAACCGAUCGUCGCCAAGGAUGAGCCGGAGACGUGGACGGAGGUGGGCCGGGAGAAGAGUUACAGCGCCACGAUGGACGACGUCGGGCACCUGCUCAAGUUUGAGGUUGUCCCGGUGGAUGCCGCCUCCGGCGCCGGGUGCGGAGCGCCCGAGACGUUCACCACCGGCCGAGUCAUCCCGGCGCCGACGCCGCCUCGGCGUAACCUGGUGCCCGUGGCGAGACACGACGGGAGCGAGGGCGGGACUUUCACCGUGCUCACGUACAACGUCCUCGCGGAUCUCUACGCCACGAGCGAGAUGUACGGGUACACGCCGCAGUGGGCGCUGAGCUGGAACUACAGGCGGCAGAACAUCCUCAAGGAGAUCGUCAUGCACGACGCGGACAUCCUGUGUCUGCAGGAGGUGCAGAGCGAUCACUUCGAGGACUUCUUCGCCGGGGAGCUCGCCAAGGCUGGCUACACCGCGGUGUACAAGAAGAAGACGGCGCAGGUGUUCAGCCAGGGCACGUACGUCAUCGACGGGUGCGCCAUCUUUUUCAAGAAGGACCGGUUCACGCUGAUCAAGAAGUACGAGGUGGAGUUCAACAAAGCGGCGCUCUCCCUGGUGGAGUCGCUCGGCGGGUCCUCCCAGAAGAAGGACGCGCUCAACCGGCUGAUGAAGGACAACGUCGCGCUGAUCGUCGUGCUCGAGGCGCUGGAGCAGCCCGGCGUCCAGGCGCCGCAGGGUAAGCGUCAGCUGCUCUGCGUGGCGAACACCCACAUCCACGCCAACACCGAGCUCAACGACGUGAAACUCUGGCAGGUCCACACCCUGCUCAAGGGCCUGGAGAAGAUCGCCGCGUCGGCGGAGAUUCCCAUGGUGGUCUGCGGCGACUUCAACUCGGUCCCGGGCAGCGCCGCGCAUAACCUCCUGAGCAACGGCCGGGUGGACGGGGCGCAUCCCGAGCUCGCGACGGAUCCCUUUGGCAUUCUCAGGCCCCCGUCGAAGCUGCAGCACCCGCUGCCGCUGGUGUCAGCGUACACGGCGCUGACCAAGCAGCCGUGCCUGGAGAGCGAGGCGGCGGAGAGGCAGAGGACGCGCAUGGACGCCCAGGGCACGGGCGAGCCCAUCUUCACCAACUGCACCAAGGAUUUCUUCGGGACGCUCGACUACAUCUUCUACACGGACGACACCCUGGCGCCGCUCUCCCUGCUCGAGCUCCCCUCCGAGAAGGAGUGCAGGAACAAGUACGGGGGACUGCCCAACACCCAGUGCUCGUCGGAUCACGUGGCGCUCAUGGCGGAGUUCCAGUGGGGCGCGGCGAGGCAGUGGUAGCCGACGCCCUUGUUUUUUCGUGUUGAACCGAAGGCUCGCGCGUAAGUGUUAGCGGCUCCGGACACCGUUUCGAUCGCGCUGGAUGCUUGUAAUCACAGUCACGAGCGAUCAUCUCAACA